CAUGUCUCCUAAAAGAAAAAACAAUUAACACAAUUAAAUUGGGGAAGGGCAAAGUGAGAGUGUGUGUGUGUGUGUGUACGUACAUGUACACUACGGGUAGAUAUGCAGUGUGAUCUCCGAGUAUUUUGAGUAGGCUUGUGGGUAUGGACGCGGUCCGAGCGCAUCCACUUUCUCUCCGAUAGUCGAACGGACGCGGGGCACAAACCCGACUUAUGAAGCUGAUGUUUCUUUUAGUAGAGAUGGGCGGGAAUCAGUAGCCCUUCCGGGACUGUUAGCAGGGGUAUAACAGCGUACGAAUAAUAGCGUUUUUUUUUUAAAUAGAGGAAAAAAGCAUUAAAGGAAUACGUGCAUUACUUUAAAGGGAAACGUGUGCCUUCACGCAGGGCGUCUGGAGAGCGAUAAGGGAGAACCUGCCAGAAAGCGCGGUCGCAUGAAGGAAAUGAUGACGCGCCAGUUGCCCCGACAACUGCAGUUCGCCCCUCUCGCCAACACGUGGCGUCACACUCGUUUAGACUUUUCGUGCGCAGCAAAGAUCCUGCUAACAGGGUCUUUACGAUUCUGUAGUAGCGUUUUGUUUUUUUAUUUUUUUUUUUUUCCUUGUCAUCUCCCGGGCAGCUCAGAGAAACAAAAGCGGAAUAUGGAUGAGGUUUUACUGCCAUUCUCUUCUGGCUUUAGCACUAACUAACCGUGUGCGGGGAGAAAGAUGUCAUCGUUAGCGUACAUAAGCAUUUAUUUAUUUCGAUAACGUCAUCGUCGGUGUAAAAAAGAACUCAAAUUCAGCUUUUAUGACGUGAUGUUUGAGUGAGUUUUGGCAUGUCAAAUUCUUCUUGACAAAGAAGGUAAGGGGGAAGUUGCCACUGCUCGUACUGCGAAGGAAGCGUUGUUGGUGGAGGAAGAAAAACACUAACUUGGAGCGUCGUGCGAGCCUUUAGUUUCUCCCCCAAACGCCGAGACUUUCCGUUUGUUUGUUACCUGGACGUUUCGAGUUCUAGUCGGAAGUAGAAGGUAGGACUCGGUAGGCGGCGCAACCCGCUACCCCUGGCGUCCACUUUACAUUGAAUAAACAGAAUCCAGGAAGGAGGCGGGCGGCUCGGCACGACUUAUGUGUGACAGGGCAAUUUGCUGAAUCGCAAAUUUCGCUGGAAGAAAAAAAAAAAAAGAAGCCCUUCCGCGUCCUCUUCUUGGAAACUUCUCGGUAUACAAAUAUUUUGAAUUUUUUUUUCCUUAUCGAGAGAGCAGCUAAAGUUUUUCUUCCGGCACAUAACGGUGGGUAGUUUGUCGUGAUAAACGAACGUCGCCUGGCAGAGGAAUGCGCUCCGCGGGGCUGUCCCUCCAGCCACAUGUUCUGUUUUAAUCCACCGUGCGAACGGGGGGAGGAGAAGAGAGGGUCGCGCGCCACACGCUCGCGAACGCGGCGGUUCGGCACGGCGCCUCGCGCUGCCUCGAAUCGCGCUCGGGCUCUUUAAAGAAGAGCGCUCAGCUCUCGCGUGGCGGCGGCGGUGGCGGUCGUUCCGGCGGUUCCGGGAGCGCGGCGAAGAAUGAAGCUCAGCAGGCAGUUCACUUUGUUCGGCAGUGCCAUAUUCUGCGUGGUCGUCUUCUCGCUGUACCUCAUGCUGGACCACCUUCAGCUGGACCGCACGAAGAACCCGAGCAGCGGAGCGGGCAAAUUAUUUCAUAGCGGCCAGCUCACUAUCCUGCAGGAGAAGAUCGACCACCUGGAGAGGCUGCUUGCAGAGAAUAAUGAGAUAAUCUCUAACAUAAGGGACUCUGUCCUGGACCUCAGUGAGUCAGUGAAGGACAGCAAGGGCUCCCCAGAGGUGGGGAACCAGAGCAGGGUGGGCUAUCCAGAACUCCUCGCCUCCCCCCCACUAGUCAUUCCCAUUCAGCAGGAGGACUGCCACUUUGCUGCAAAACCAUACAACAAGCCUGCAGAUGGGGUUCAGAUGCUGGAUGUGUACGACCUCCUCUCAUUUGAUAACCCAGAUGGUGGAGUCUGGAAGCAAGGCUUUGAUAUUUCCUACAACGAGAACGAAUGGGACACUGAACCACUGCAGGUUUUCGUUGUCCCUCACUCCCACAAUGACCCUGGGUGGCUGAAGACAUUUGAUGACUACUAUAGGGACCAAACGCAACAUAUCCUUAACAACAUGGUGGUAAAACUGCAUGAGGACGAACGGAGGAGGAUGCUUUGGUCAGAGAUCUCCUACUUCUCCAAGUGGUGGGACAGUAUAGACAGCCAGAAGCGAGAUGCUGUUAAAAGCUUGAUUGAGCGCGGUCAGCUUGAGAUUGCCACUGGUGGCUGGGUGAUGCCCGAUGAAGCCAACACGCACUACUUCGCCAUGAUUGAUCAGCUGCUCGAAGGCCACCAGUGGUUGGAGAGAAACGUGGGUGUGAAGCCUAAAACAGGCUGGGCAGUAGAUCCGUUUGGUCACUCCCCCACCAUGACAUACUUGCUGAAGCAAGCCGGCAUGUCUAACAUGCUGAUCCAGAGGGUGCACUACUCUGUGAAGAAGCACUUUGCCAUACAGAAGACCCUGGAAUUCUUCUGGAGACAGACCUGGGACCAGGACACUACAACGGAUAUUUUGUGCCACAUGAUGCCCUUCUAUAGUUAUGAUGUCCCCCACACCUGUGGCCCUGACCCAAAGAUCUGUUGUCAAUUUGACUUCAAGAGGCUUCCCGGUGGCCGAAUCAGCUGCCCAUGGAGGGUCCCCCCACAGACCAUCAAUGACGGCAAUGUGAAAGAAAGGGCUCUCAUGCUGUUGGAUCAGUACCGAAAGAAAUCCAAGCUGUUCCGUACCCAUGUAGUCCUAGCUCCUCUGGGGGAUGAUUUUCGGUACAACGAGGCUUCUGAGUGGGACCAGCAAUUCCAGAAUUACCAGAAACUCUUUGACUACAUGAAUUCUCACCCAGAGUUGCAUGUGAAGGCCCAGUUUGGAACCAUUUCUGACUACUUUUCAGCCCUCCGCCCUGCAGCAGCUGUUGAUCCAGUGAGCAACACCUCACCCCUGCUACCGGUGGUGAGUGGGGACUUUUUCACAUAUGCAGACCGGGAUGACCACUACUGGAGUGGGUACUUCACAUCACGACCCUUCUACAAGAGGCUGGACCGAGUGUUGGAGUCCCACCUAAGGGCGGCAGAAAUUUUGUUCUCCCUUGCCUUGGCAAGCGUUCAGAAGGCCAACAAAUGGAACGAUUUUCCUUCCCUUGAGAAUUAUAAAUUACUGACAGAGGCCAGACGUAACUUGGGCCUUUUCCAGCAUCAUGAUGCCAUCACAGGAACAGGGAAAGACUGGGUGGUCGUGGACUAUGGAACAAGGCUGUUCCAUUCGAUUUUGAAUGUGAAGCGAGUGAUGGCAAAUUCUGCGCACUGGCUUGUGCUGAAAGACAAAGGAGCAUACAUUCACAGCUCUUCGAUGCCUCUGCUUCAAAUGGAUGAUGUGCAGCCUGCUCAAGAUGCCUUACCCCGCAAAAUGGUCCUUAAGCUGAGCACCAGGCCAAGGUCUCUGGUCAUAUACAAUCCGACUGAACAGGACAGAUGGUCUGUUGUGACUGUGUACGUGAACACACCCAGAGUGCGUCUCCAGACUGCGUCAGGGCAUGCUGUGACAGCCCAGGUCAGCGCCGUCUGGGAGGAGACAACCAGGGCCUCUAGAGAAGCUUUCCAGUUAUCCUUCGUGGCCCAGGUUCCUGCACUGGGCCUCACUGUGUAUCGCCUGACCGAGGCUGUCGAGCUGCGGACAGUACCAGUUGACUACACCUUCCUCAAGCAGCAUGAAGAGCUGUCGGUUGACAGUGCGGAGCCUUUCAGGGUGGAUAUACCACAGGACGACUCAUUGCCCAUUAGCAUCGAAAAUCCCCUGAUCAAAAUCUGGUGCUCUGCCACAACGGGUCUGAUGGAGAGAGUCAAAUACAAAGAGGGUGGAGUGGAGCACAAAGUGGAGGUGGGCUUUGUGUGGUAUGGGACCACAAGCAAUCGAGAUAAGAGUGGGGCCUACCUCUUCCUACCAGAUGGAGAAGCUAAGGCGUAUACUCCUAAUCACGCUCCAGUAAUAAGGGUGACCAAAGGCGUGGUUUUCUCUGAAGUGACAACUACCUAUCAACAUGUGACUCACACACUUCGCCUCUACAAUGUGCAAGGCAUAGAGGGCCAGUCUGUGGAGAUCUCCAAUACGGUGGAUAUAAGAGGGGAGUUCAACCGUGAAAUUGCAAUGAGGAUAACAUCAGACCUGAACAGCAGCGAUCGAUUCUUCACAGACCUCAAUGGUUUCCAGAUCCAGCCUAGAAGAACCAUGGCAAAACUGCCCCUUCAGGCAAACUUCUACCCAAUGACCACCAUGGCUUACAUCCAGGAAUCUGGUGUUCGGCUGACCUUACUCACUGCUCAGUCUCUUGGUGUGUCAAGCUUAAAAUCUGGUCAGUUGGAGGUCAUCAUGGACCGCCGGCUCAUGCAGGAUGAUAAUCGUGGACUGGGACAAGGCGUCCAAGACAACAAGAUCACGGCAAACUUAUUCCGUCUCCUACUGGAAAAGAGGAGUGAAACAUUCAAAGCUGAAGAAUCCCAGCCCGAGUGGAGCUACCCCUCUCUGCUGAGCCACAUCACCUCGAUGUACCUGAAUCACCCAGUCAUUCCCAUGGUGGUCAGCCCGAAUUAUGACUCUCUUACUUUUGCACCUCUCAGCCCUCUGAGGGCAGCCCUGCCCUGCGAUGUUCACCUGGUGAACUUGCGUACCAUCCAGGCCAAGGAGGGGGCCGGACCAUCACAUGAGGUGGCAUUGAUUCUACACAGAAGAGGGUUUGACUGCGAGUUCUCCAACAGGAACAUGGGGCUUCUGUGCAGCACCACACAGGGCAAGCUUCCCAUGGGAAAGCUAUUUAGUGAGCUGAGCGUCCAGAGUGUCACACCAGCAUCGCUGUCCCUGAUGCACACGUUAGACGGUGGCCGCAGUCAGGAGGAAAUCCAGCUGAAGCCCAUGGAGAUCAGAACCUACCGCGUGCAGCUGAGAUAAGCCCAACUACAAAAUCCAAGUGUGUCACAUCCCAGGAGCAUCUCUGCAUUCUUGUCUUCACUCUAGUGAUCAAAAGGUUUCUGCAGCCACAAGGCUGUACCUUUGGAUACAUUGAAGAUAUCCACAUGGCACUUUUCCAUUGAAGCAGAGGAGUUCCCCUGAAGUUUAAAAUCAAGUGCAAUAGAAAUUUGUAUAAACUCCCCUUUUCAGACACGUUCUCAGGUUUCAUCCUUUUGCAAAUAUUUAGACAUUUCACUUGACAGGAACUUCACUGUGCUGGAGAAUAACUUUUUGUGAGUCUUCUUGUUUUGCAGAAUGGUAAAAACAGUGCAAUUAUUGGUUAUCAAGCUUAUGAAGUUGGUCCCUUCCAUAGAUCAGUUUGAAACCUGUGGGCUGGCAGUUUGUCACAAUAAAUUGUAAGGAAACAGUGUGAAACAAGCUGGAUGUUUAAAAAAGUUCCAAAGUCACUAUGUGAGAUGUUCAAAUGUGCCUUAUUUUUCAAUUUCCUAAAUCUCUAAUGUAAUAGUCUUUGUAUUUGGUCUUUUGUUCUUUGGUUGCGUUUAAUCUCCCAAAUACAGUAUAUUGUCAUUGAAACUGAAUGCAGCUGUUAAUGUGGGAUCACAUUAAUUGUUAUUGGUCUAUUUUUUGACCUCCUGAUAUAUGACCACAAUUCUAUUGUUGCUUUACAGCUUUUGAAAUCAGGUACAUGUGAUGGUCAGAAAGCAAAUAUGCUAAAUGGUAGCAAUUGUAAAACAUCUGUCCCGUAAUAGAAAAGUAUUUCUUCUACAUGAAAAGGGCUGUCAGUGUGGUUUGGGAAAGCCUGUAAAAUGUGUUUUUUGUACAGGAUGUAAUAGAUAGCAAAAUAUAUAUUCAAAAUACGAAAUUAACAUUGAUAUUUUGUAUCCUCCCCAAGAAAAAUGAACAGCAGGUCAGUAUUUUCAAGUUGCUGAUUGAGAACAGCUAUGGGCAGUAUGGUAACUGGCAUUUCUGGAAGUUUGGCACACAAAAUCAGUGUACCUUUACUGCCCUCCUUUUUAGUUAUUGACUGCUUGAAUCAAUGAAAACAAUCAUGCUAAAUCAUAGCAAUUAUAGAAUAAUGUGAUAAUCUAUUAGGAACUGUAAACAAAAAAAUCCAUUGCCGAUGUCUAGACGUUCAUGUGAUUUGAGCCAAACUAAACAGAAAAUCUAAAACCUAACCCAAAAAUUCUAUUUAUCAACCAGGUGGGAACAAGAUAUUCACAAACUAAUGUUCACAAAUUGGUAAUAGUCUAUUAUUAAUAGCCUUACUGCUAAUUGCAGGAUUCAGUUAAAUUAUGGGUUGGUGUUUGGGGAAUAGUAAAAUAUCAGACAUUAUCAUCCUAAGAUAUCUUCUCUGACUUAAGUUUCUCAUGUUAAUGAUUGUACCAUAAACUAAUUUCUGUUGAUCAGUAUGUUUAAGGAUGUCCUAAAUGCAGUGCAAGACAAAUGUCAGAGUGAGGAACUUGAGAAGACCAAAAAACUGCACUGAAACUAACUAUGCCAUUGUGUUCUGCCUUACCUGUAACAGCUGCAUUGUAGGCAUCAGUCCUGUCGCUUGUAAUUUGCAUUUUACUGUGUUGAGAGUACAACUGUCAUAACUUGAUGCCAUUUUCAUCAUGUGGAUUGUUACUCAUCAGCGGAAGUAAAAGUCUACUGGGUAGCCAUGCAUUUGAGCUUGCAGAGAUUGUGAAUAUUUAGAUUACUGUAUGUGAUAUAAUAGAUGCCAAAGUUCCCCAGCCUAUCAAUUUCUUUUUUUUCCCCCCAUCUCUUUGUUUCACCCAUGCAGUGAAAUCCACUAAGGCAGCGGAGCAGGUGCAAUGCCUUGCACUUCAAUCUUAGAAUCAAUACUGAACCUUUUUGUUCAGCAUUUCAAGGUUUAAUUUUGAUUUUUUUUUUUUCCUGCACAUUUGCCAAGUUUCCAUAACCUUUUUUUUUUCUUUUUUGUAAAUUUGACACAUGAUUAUUACAAAGUUUUCUUUUCUGUCAUAACCAAAUUCAGUCCGACUGCCUCACUUCUGGAUUGUUUUGCUCGCAAACCAGAGCGCAAAGUAUAGUGUAAUAUCCCACUUCUUAUUUGGACAUUAUGCAGACUCUAGAGUAAUGCUGGUGAGUUCUUUUUUAAUUUAUUUUGGGGUUUUAUGUUAUAAGGCAGUCUUUUCUUUGUGUAUUGUCACUUUGUUGAUUAAUUUCGACGGAAGUUGCAUUUUAAGUCACAGGUUACUUUUAAAUAUGAUUCACAGUGGUGUGUGACCAGUUCAGACUAAGCAAAUGAUUUCUGAUCUAACUGAUGUAUUCUAGCAACACAGGAGCUGUGAUUUCUCACUGCACUGAUGAAUGUGAGGAUAUCUAUCUCGACUGUUAAACAUCGAUGUUAUUAGAUACAUUGUCGGCAAAGCAUUACGCAGCAUCUUGUGUAGUGAAAAGAAUCACUGCUGAAUACAAUGCCUAUAAAUGUACUUUCAGAAAGUGAUGCAAUUUAAAGCAUUAUUGCCAUCUUUCCAUACUACUACAUAUGGGAGUUAACCAGUUUUUUCCAUCAUUAAAUAUUCAAGAUUGUGUACAUUCAUUUUAAUUUUUUUUCCCCUCAUAUAAUCUUUCCAGUUUUCCUGAUGUUGCCCAUCUUACAUAACAAGCUGUGACGUAUAUUCUCUAUUUCCACUGUCUAUUGUAGAAUAAGAAUUCGAGGGACAUGGCUGGUGUGCUUUUCCUUGCGUUUGUGUGAAGUUGUGCAGGAAGUGUCUCGUGCCGCAGGAUAGCGGAGAAGCAGUUUGAAGUAUCAAAGCUACCAUGUUAGCAAUACUGUCACCCUCUUGUUAAUACUGUGAUGAUUGGUUUCUUUCAGUCACACAAAGAAGCUCUUUCAUGAUGAAUGUAUAUCAAAACAAUAACUGCAAAGAAUUCUGUGCCCAUUAUAUUGCCUUUGCAAAUAUGGAGAGUUUGGGUCAUUUGUGUGUAUAUCUCUUUAUACAUAUUGUGAUUCAUUAAUAU